UGUUAUCUGGAAGUGGAAUAUUCCUCUCUGUGUGAUUUGCUGUAAUUUGCUUAAGCGAAUUGUUACGUGCGCAUGGAAUAACAAAUUUAUAAAGAUCGUUGCAUACGACUUUUCAUUACUAUGUAGCUCGCACAUGUUUGCUGAUGCAAUGGCCUUUAACAAUUCUGAGAGGCGUUUUCUUAGUCUCCCCCUCUGUUUAUGCGUGAUAAGAUUUGUGCUGAUGAACGUACAUGUCUGUACUUAUAUAACAUGCUAUGUCGCGAACAACGUAACCAUACGUUCUCAGAUAGUCUGAUCACGAUGGAGUCGUCAUCGUUUUCGUCGUCGUUAUUUUCGUCGCCCUUCGCGAUUUUGUUGACCACUUUGGUCACUAUCGGUGUGCUGAAGGUUAUCGCUUAUCUGUAUCAUCAGCAUAGAUAUUGGAAGAAACGAGAUGUUCCUCAAAUACGCGCGAUUCCGAGCAUGAAAAUGGGCUGGAAAAUGUUACUACGACAUAUAAGCUUUACGGAGUUCAACCUAUUUAUCUACAACCAUGUCUCGGACGCUAAGUACAUCGGCCUUUGGGAUAUGGCUACACCUCUUGUCCUCUUGCGCGACCCUGAGUUGAUCAAGGACGUGAUGGUGAAGGACUUCGAGCACUUUCCGGACCACAAAGGCUUCGCAAGUGAAGAGGUAGACCCAUUGUUUGCCAGCAAGAUGAAGGUUAUGUUCGAGUUAGUGUCCAAGUGUUCCUACGAAUUCGCCGAAUACCUGGCUGAUCAUCCAGAGCUGUGCUCCUCCAUCGACACGAAGGAGUCUUUCAGACGAUAUACUACCGACGUGAUCGCCACGUCGGCCUUCGGCAUCAGCGUUAACUCCAUGAAAGAUAGGGACAACGAAUUUUUCAUCAGAGGACUUGAAAUUUCCAAGUUCAGUGGCUUCAAGGCCACUCUAAAAUUCAUAUUUCUCCGCGCGUGUCCGCGAUUAGCGAAGGUGUUAGGCCUGAGUUUUUUCUCACCAGCAACGUCGCAGUUCUUCAAGAAAAUCGUUGCGGAGACAAUCAGAGUCCGGGAAGAACAAAGUAUCGUCCGGCCGGACAUGAUUCACUUGCUGAUGCGAGCUCGCGACAAGGAAGGUCCCAGUAUGCAUGAGAUGACGCUAGACGACAUUGUUGCACAGGCCCUAAUUUUCUUCCUCGCCGGCUUUGACACGUCGGCGACGCUCAUGUGUUUCGUCGUCCAUGAGCUCGCGGUGCAUCGGGACAUCCAAGACCGCUUGUGGGAGGAGAUAGAGGCGCAUUUUGCUGACGGAAAUGGCGAGAUCACGUAUGAGGCGAUGUCGAAAAUGGUUUACAUGGACAUGGUAGUGUCGGAGGCUUUGCGGAAGUAUCCGCCGGUGGUGUUUAUCGAUAGGCUCUGUGCUAAGAAAUAUGAGCUGCCGCCGGCAAAGCCUGGCUACAAGAGCGUCGUCGUUGAACGUGACUGCAUGACAUGGACGCCUGUUUAUGCGCUGCAUCAUGAUCCCAAAUAUUUUCCGAAUCCUUCCAAGUUCAACCCCGAGAGGUUCAGCAAUGAAAACAAGGACAAGAUCGUACCGUAUACUUACUUGCCCUUCGGCCUAGGGCCUAGGAAGUGUAUCGGCAAUCGCUUUGCUCUCAUGGAGACGAAGCUGUUGCUGGCUUAUCUUCUUCACAGAUUUAUUUUUAAGACUACGGAGAAGACUGUCGACCCUAUCGUAUUUGAUAAGAAGCAGUUCACGUUGCAGCCUGAUGGCGGAUUCUGGAUCGCUUUGGAAAAGAGACAGAAGUGAAACGGCAUAUCGUAGAGGCGGGUUGGGGUCGGGGGAUAGUUUAUUCUACAUCUUCCACUGAUGUUUCAUUUGUAGAAUUCUAUAAUUAAUUUUUUAUAAUUAGGAUAUUCCGCAUGUAUAUACGGAUAAGAUUAUUUUCGGGAGUCAGCUCUCGCUCAGCAGUCAAUACUUGUGAAGCUUUAUUGCGUGUUAUUGCGAGCCGAAGAUCAAGUGUUUCUGUGAUAGCGAUAAACAUUUUUCAUAUUUGCUUGUUGCCGAUUUGUACCAUACGGAUUUAAUAGCGAUCGAAUGUCGUUGUUGUUUUACAUUUUUAUUUCGUUAAA